AUGCAGCGGCCGUCUUUAUUAGCGAAGGAGGAGCCUUAUAACGCGCUCUGCCACCACUUCAACGUUUCUGCCGACGUCCCCGUGCGGGAACUCCUUCCAGCCACUGUCGACAUGGUGGUCUUGCGCGACGCUCACACCCCAACCCAUGUGAUAGCCGCGUUUCAGGCCAACGGCUCUCCCUCCACCUAUCCUCUAAUGCUCCCAAUCGACAUCAAUUCUUAUGAGCGAGGGUUUAGAGUCGGCUUGGACUUGCCUGACGCUCCACCGGGUACCACCGCGCCUAUACCGCGCGAGCUUGGGAGUUCCCAGACGCUCGUGGUGACUUUACCAGUUAUCCCCCUCACUGUUCCCCACACUGGCUCGCUGCCCCUCCUCUUGCUAUACGGCCUGGGCUUGGAGACGCAGCCCAACCUUCUGGCGUGGCGCCUCCUUCCUUCUCAGGUUGUGGAAGAAUUCCCAAACGCCGCUGCGAUGGCUCAAAAUUUUGCGCGCCUCCACGAUGAUGACUUCGGAAAAUUCUUCGGAUAUAACCAAGGCUUAUGGAAAAACAUCCUUGCCCUCGGCCUCACCGACACGCGAACCGUUGAGCUUGUACAGACUGCGUGGAACGUCACCGCAGAGGCGCGACGCAUCCGCCAACGCUCUACCCCUCGACGAUGA